GCUUUAGGAGUAAUCACAGGUUACACUAUCGUAACCUUGAGUUACGACACUUUCCAAAAGGUUACGCUAACCAAUUUCAUCUCCGAACCGAAAAAAAAUGCCGUCGUCUGUGCUACUCCCGAUCCUGCGCUGCUCAACGCGUAUACCUGCCGCCGCGCGAGGCUUCUCCACUAUCAAGCGCGCGAAACCCAUUCGCGUCAAGAAGAGUGAGGCACGUCGUAUCGUGCCUGAAGCGCCCAAGCCGAAGAACGCACUUACAGAGGCCCCUGCGCCGCCCCCGCCGGCCAACCCCUUCGUACAGUCCGAGCAGCAGACACCGCAGACGUUCGGGGGUGUCAUGAAGGAGAGUUUCGUGUGGGGCCUGGGUAUGGCUGCCGCGUUCUCCGUGGUCGGCAUAAUUUUCAGUAGCAUGGAGGAGGUGCGUUUGGUUUUGCAUUAAGCAUGCGUAGCGUUUUAGUGUACGCUUAGCUUUUUCAUGCUGUAUUUUUGUGGCUAGACAACAUCUCCCGGCAAAUUCGAGGGCAGCAUCGUGAUCCCAAAGGACGAGCAAUGAGCUAAAGCAACCCCAUAAGGUGUCAAGCCUAUCCAACGAUUUACUUGUUCAUUCAAUGCCAAUUCUAAUCAGAAAUGCUCGGCAGCCACUAGCCACCACUCCUUGCCGCCAUCUCGGCGUCGUACAUACUAUAACGUUAUUAUGCUCUCGC